AUGUCGAAGCUCUCAGAGGGCCUGAAAGCCCUCAUCAAUGCUGCCCAUGCAAGGCCGAACGUCACCAAAGCUCCCACCAACAUUAAAUCCAUAUACAGCCAAAUCGCCGAGUCCGCACGGUCACACAAUGUCGGAACACCUGCAUGGCUCACCAUCUCCACUGCCACCACGAUGACAAUGAACUCACCAGCAUCACUCUUACAACUACACUCGAUAGCGUCGCAGCCACCAUCAACACUGACCCCCACCGAAUCCGCCGAAUUGAUGCGCGAAGUCGGCCUCAAAUGCAUUUCCUUCAACGGCAUUCCCCGCGUCAUCAACAACCUAGGCGCCUUCCGCGACGGUCUCCCCAAGGACGUCCAAGCCCAACUCGCCACCUCCGGCACGCGCCAGCUCUCCUCCAAGAACGCCGAUGCCGUCGUCUCACGCGGCCGCGCCCUCUGGAACAGCAUCUACCGGCCCUUCGAGGACAAGCUCGUGGACAAGCUCGCCGCGUCGCAUCCCAACUUGCCGAUCCACAUCAUCUCCGCGCACUACGGCACCCUGCUCUCCGACCCGGAUCACAACAUGCCUGCCCAAGUCGGACGCGUACUGGCUAGCUUGGUGGCGAUCGCGUGCCUGCGAGCACAGACCGGCGUGGGUCCACAGGUGUUGAGCCAUGUCUUUGGGCUGCGCAAGGCGUUCGAGGACGGGUCUGCCGAGGAGGACUUGGAGGGAGGCGAAUGGCUGGCCAGUGAGGAGGGCAAUAAGUGGAUUUUGGAGAGCGUGGAUGCCAUCGUCGGAGCGCUGGGCGGCGAGCAGGGAACGACUUUUGCGCCCGGUCUAGGGAAGGAGAAGGCCAAGUUGUGA